UCACCUUCCAAGUUCCCAACCCACCAACAUGGUCGGGUGAAGGCCAACACAUGCUUCCUCUGAGACAAGCGAAGCUAUCCUGCUGAAUCUUGACCUGCUGGGUCACACAGAGGAAUGCACUAUCUGCCCUCUUCCUCAUACAUGAGCGCUCAGACUACGGAUUGUUACAGUCUGUUGCAGAGUGGCAGGACGGUACUAAAACGCUUUCCCGGUGCAUGCUUGUCCCUGCAAUGGGCCUCAUUCAACAGGCCGGAUUUAUUCGUAAAUCAUUUGUACGAACGUUUACACGAGAAAUUUGGUAUUCGUGAAAAUCCUUUUUCAUUUCCUGUUUAUGUUCCUGAGUGUGUCUAAGUUUAUGCAUAAGAAGACUAACUAAUGUAAACCUUGAGUUAAUGAAACUUUUGUGCAACCCAGUCUUUCAUAUUAACAGUAUUAACUAAAGAAAUAUUAAAUAUGAAAAGAGAUAAAGAAAGCAAGUCCUAAAUCCAUAAACUAGGACAAAUAAGACCAGUCUUUAAAAAAAAAAAAAAAAAAAUUUUUAUUACAGCCAGCACUAACUCAGUCCCUCCAGGAUUUUGUCGCAGAAAUUGUGGAAACUCUGUGGUACUCGGAGGACUGAGAUUUUCUGCAGAUUUGGGCCAAGACAUGUCAUGCAACGUCAUCACAAUGCAUCAUGUAACCUCAUCACAUCAACACGCAUUAAGCCAUAGCCCUCUUCGAUUCAUGUGCGUCGAACACGAAUACAGCUGAACGGUCUCAUUUACCAACAAACAUCACGGCAAAAGACAGUGCAAAACUAUUUUGUGCAGUUGCACUUUUGCCAGUUCAAGUGGUUUCCCGCAAAAAAACAAACAAACAAAAAACACAAAAUACUGAAAAUUGCAUCGUAAAUUUAGAAAAAAACCACAGCAAAAUUGAACAUUUUUGGCCGCGACGAUCACAAACAACAAAACAAACAAAACUGCGAAAUCCUCUGCGGGCUGCUUAGUGGCUGAUAAGAGACCGAUCUGAUAUGUCUCAAGCCGCAAUAUAUAUGGUAUGAAAUUAUGAUUUUUUUUUUCCUUCUAUAUUUUCCUGUCAAACCACUUUCUUUUCUUCACGUCAUAUUGAAUUGAGCUUUUCUGUAAUUUACCUUCAGAUUUUGGCCUUUCAGGUGCUGUAAUGUUUUUUUUAUUGUCACGGACGCAAGUCAAAAUGACUUUCACCUCUACCUCUGAGAAAGUCCGUUUCAGCUGUUCGAGCGUUGCCUUUAAUGGAGGUUUGUGGGCGUUACCAAAUGCAAAUCGGCUGUCCCGUGUAUUUUACAAGCGAUCGGCGUUCAUCAACACAAAAUUUUUUUUUUCCCUGACGGUUUUCCUGACCACGUGCUGCCUUUGUGGUGACUCGGUGCUCUAUCACGUAUUUAUACUCACAACUGCACCAACGUGCAACGUGUACAUCAACACCGUUUAUUUGCCAAGUACAAACCAAAGAGUUCCUUUUGUGGUGUUGCCGACAUAUUCAGUAGAAAAAGAUAAGCUUGUGGUUUGGGUUUAAAUGAAAGAAAUGCAGAAUACGAGCCAGUUGUAGCUGAACAGUUUCACUAAUUUUGAUGUUAAUGACUUCUGGCUGGGUUUCUGCAUCGCGAGUACUCGAUGUGUGUACGAUUCCAUAAGUUCACUUUUAAUAGACUUGGACUUGGAUCAAAGGUGAAAGCUACACCUUUAAAAAAAAAAAAAAAAGAUCUAUGCAAUAAAAAAGAAAAAAAAGUGGUUUCCACUCUGGCUUCAUACCAGAAAAGUUACUGCUGAUUUAAAAGCCCCUUCCUGAGUCAACAUCAAAGAUUGUAGUGUUUUAAGUGUUUAAUUAAGUGUACAGCUCAUUUGUUCCCGGGUUAUCCAUUUCAUCACCGGCUGUGUGCUGGGAAUAGUUCUCAGCACAUCUCUUUUCUUCUUCGUCGGCUGUGAUGUAAAGUGCCUUGUAACUCUCACUUGGUGGAAUGUUACCUCACCCUCUUCCUCCUCCUCUUCCAUCUUUUUUGCCGUCUGUCUGCGCUUAUUCAUUCGUUUAAACGGUCUCGCUGGAGCCAGAAAAUGUGUGCGAGUUGAGGUUUUCUGUCUCUCUCUCUCUCUCCCCUCCCCUCUCUGUGUCUCUGUCUCUAUCCGUCUCUCUGCGUGACUCAUGUGGGUGUUGGGCUGAAAUAGUUUGGUGUAGUUUUACAUUCCUUAUAUAGCCCGUGGAGAGGGGACAAGACGUAAAGCCUCACCCCCGCCACAAGGCCGAAGAGUCGGAGGGUCGCACUCGUUUCCAGAACCAGCGUUCCUCGUACUUUUCCUGGCUUUCCAGCGGCUAAUUUGGCCCUUUCUGUGAGGCCAUGAACGUUUACAGCGUGACGCUCAGCGGGCCGGCGCCGUGGGGCUUCCGACUCCAGGGAGGGAAGGAUUUCAGCAUGCCUCUCACAGUGUCCAGGCUGACUCCCGGGGGAAAGGCAGCUCACGCCGGAGUCGGAGUGGGAGACAGCGUGGUGUCCAUCGAAGACUCCAACGCUGAGGAGAUGACACACGUUGAGGCACAAAACAAGAUCCGAGGCGCAUCUGACUCCCUCACUCUGACACUCAGCAGAGCUUUCCAGUCUGGAGGUGAACAGAAGGGAUCGCUUGCUGCUGCACCCACUCAGCCUAAGUACUCCUUCACGCCCAGCACUACCAUAAACAAGAUGGCGCGGCCUUUCUCCGCCUCCUCUAAUAACUCCAGCGCUGGGCCCGUCAUCAAACCGGUGGCGUACGCUUCCAAGCUUAACGCCAACGCACCUAACGCCAGCAUGUCGGUGUCGGGCAGCACGCCCCCCUCUCAGAAUGGCUGGAUUGUUAAAAAGCAGCUGGAGGUUAUUGACAAUAGAGGAGAGGGAUUCUAUGAAGCUUUGUACAACGACAACAAGUACGGUCUGCGGGCAGAGAAUGUCCCGUGCUUUAUCCCAAACGAUCGCAGUAAGAAGCGUCUGAUCGAGGACACGCAGGACUGGCAGCCUCGCACUGGCACCACACAGUCCCGCUCCUUCCGCAUCCUAGCUCAGCUUACAGGAACUGACUACAUGCAGGACCCGGAUGAUGAGACCAUGAAAAGGUCCAGCUCAGGCCCACGCUCGAUCGUUUCAGCCCCUGCCAGUCGUACUCCUGACGAACCUCUUCAAUCUUCCACCACGUCUGGACCUUCAAGCCGGCCACCUUGGGUGACAGACCCGAACUUUGCUGAACGCUAUCGGCCGGAUAAGACGAGCACGGUGGUGACGCAACACAGGCAGCCGGCACAGCCCACACCCGAGCAAAACCGCAGCUCCAUCCUCCAGGCCGCACAGCAGAACCCAGAGUCCGACUCCGGCUCCGGACGCACGCCACUCUGCGCCGCAUGCAACAAGAUCAUCAGAGGUCGCUACGUGGUGGCUCUGGGCCGCUCCUGGCACCCUGAGGAGUUCACGUGCUGUCAAUGCCGAGAAGUGCUCGACGAAGGCGGCUUCUUUGAGGAGAAAGGCUCCGUUUAUUGCACCAAAUGCUACGACAACCGUUACGCCCCAAACUGCGCCAAGUGCAAGAAGAAGAUCGCCGGAGAGAUCAUGCACGCCCUGAAGAUGACCUAUCACGUCCAGUGCUUCAUGUGCGCCGCCUGCAAGAGGCCCAUCAGGAACCAGGCCUUCUACAUGGAAGAUGGCGAGCCUUACUGCGAGAGAGACUAUGAAAAGAUGUUUGGUACUAAAUGUCAUGGCUGUGACUUCAAGAUCGAUGCCGGCGACCGCUUCCUGGAAGCUCUAGGCUACAGCUGGCACGACACGUGCUUCGUCUGUGCGCUUUGCCACGUCAACCUGGAGGGCAAGACAUUCUACUCAAAGAAGGAUAAGCCUUUGUGUAAAGGUCACGCCUUCUCUCCACUUUGAGGAACCGAGAUCCAGUGCUCCAGUGGAAUUGAGGCAGGACAGACCAACACGUGACAGACUCCUAUGGCAAGGGUUAUGACGGCUAGAAAUUUUGGACCGCAGUUUUGGAAUACUGUCUUCUUACCGUUUAGUUUAAAAAAUUAAAAAAUAAAACCUGGUAUAAUAAGACUGCCGAGAGAAAACCACACGGUGCUUUUCAAUGGUCUUGAUCUUGUUGUUCUUAAAUAAAUAAAUAGUAUGAAAUGAUGUGCCUGGGUUUUCUCCUGACAGAGAUGAUUAGGCCUGUUGUGAGCUGUGUAGCCAGGAAAUCUCAGCCAUUUUCACCUCGGGAGGUAAAGAACUCAUCAUUCCUGCCAGCACAGGUUAGCAUUUCAUCCCUGACAGUAUUGGUUUAGGAAACAGGCCACUUUUUCCAUUAAUCUUGAGAUUGCAGGAUCCGUAUUGAUAUUGAAUACCGAAUAGGUACUGGAUUUCGAAGCAAAUUCCAGCCUUAAUAAUGGUAAAUGAGAAUAGCUAAAUCUGUGUCUCAUGUUGCCAGUAUGUGCUUACUCAUUCAUGUCUACCACACUUUACUGUUUUUUUUUCUCUCUGAUUAGUUUAACAUACAUAGGCACUCUUCAGUCAGUCACACAAAAUUUAAAGCACAGGUUAAAUACACAAAUACGUAAUUCAUCAGAGAAUGCGCACUUCCUGAUCGAAUUAGGUCUGGAAUACAUUUAUGGCAUGUGUAGAAACUCUGGCCCAAGGUGUGACAUCAUCCUAACACUACGUCAGUGCAGCUCUGCGUGUCCCCAGACAACCCACAGUCCUCUAUCCCCUGUGUGCCGUGGUACUUAAAGUAAUGGCAAGGAAGAAAAAUGAGCCCCUGGCAGCCGAACAGCACUGCAUUAGCACUGAUUGCGAGAGCUUCAUAUUGACCCGAGCGACAAUCUUUACGUGCCUCCCAUACCGAGCGUGCCACGACUUUUUCUUCUAAUCCGACAGGUACCUCUAAUUAACAAAAGGCUUAGGGCCUGCAUGAGCCGAGCUCGUUUGCUGAGCAUGAAUUUACAUUUUUUUUAACCAAAAGCAAGACUCCUGCUGAUCAAAGAAACUUGAUACGAUCGACACGAUAUUGCCUCCUUCAAAGAGCGUGUGGUGCUACCAUGAUCACUUCAGAAUCUCUUGGUGAAGCCAGAUGACUGUUUUUAAUGGGCAGACUGGUCAUUAGUGUCGUCGUCGUGGUGCUCCGUCUCAGUCCUACAGGCCUCCCCUUGGCUCUGGCACCUGAAUCGACUAAUUACAAGGUCAUUAAGGGAAACCUGCAGCAUUUUUCCAACUUCGUCUCCAUCGACCAAGUCUGUAAGGCACGCGCGAUGAUCACAGACAAGAGUUUCAACAUUGUGCGUUACCCUGUGCGGAGACAACUGUUCCAUCGUUAAAGAUCUUCGGAUAAGACGGACAUGAAGGAGGAGGAGGCGCAUCAGCCAGUAUCUGCUUACAAACCAAAUUAAUCUUUACAGAAAGAUGGUGAGAAGAAGAUGAGGAAGUCAAUACGGAAUCAUUAAAGAUGAGAUGUCAAAUAUAUAUUUUAGACAGAAAAAAUAUUUGGAAAUGUCUGAUAUUUUGUGUUUGGGCUGUUUGCCUGAAUUCCGCCUCAUCUGAUUGGUUGUCCAAGACCACUACGCAUAUAUACAAAAAAAAAUACAUCGUUAAAUUGCGUGUAUUGAGACAAUUUAUUAAAUGGAGAUCCAUUUUUAAUUGGGUUUUUUUUUUUUUUAGUGUAGGGAAAAAUCAAAAAUAUUGUCUGAUGCCCAAUACCAAUGCCAUCUGUGGCCUGGAGCCAAGGGAAGAAUAUUUUAGGACGGACUUACUGUCAAUCACCGUGACAUUCCACAAGCCACUUGUUAGUAUCAGUAAUCUCAUGUAUGCAUAAGCGGACGGAUAGCACUUCACUCAGUGUGUUAUGCCGUCUUAUGACGCAGCAUGACCAGCAAAGAUGAGGUUGGCUGGUUUCACAGGCUCACAGGACGCACGUGUUGGCCUUCACCCUCCCCAGGUGGUAGCUGUGGUCUGAUUGGGAGAGCUGGCUGGUGGCCAAAUUGUGCGAAAAUGUGUGAGAACCUACCCUCUGGCAUAACUAGAGUAAAGCAUUCUCGGCCUUUUAAUAUUGAACAGUGCCACUUCCUGGAUAUCCCACUUCUUAUAUAUUCUUUUAUUAGACAAUAACGUCAUCUUGGAAAGCACUCCCGUCCUUUAAACCUGUCUUGGUUACAUUGUGGGUCUGUUAAUCUUCAGUGGAUUAUUGAGUGCCUCUCUUACUCGAACACACCACCUCAAUGAGCUGUUUUGGCUCAUUACAAGCUCUUCAUGAGUCGGAGGAUGUUUAAUUGUAGAAUGGGUUUAGCGCAGUGAUUUUAGAAGCCAAGCUUUUUGCCCCAAACAUGAUAGACUAUUUUAUCCAAAAUCAGUCACUGUUCCGAUAUCUGCAUUGAGCGAGAGUGCGUUUUUUUUUGUUGUUGUUGUUGGUUGUUUUUUUUUAAUUGCAAAGAAAAACUCCACCCUGAAACACAUUAAAUAUUUAGAUUGCAAUAUUUGUGACGAUGAUGUCGGCGCCAUAUUUUCAUUAUUCCCAUGACACUGACGUCAUGUUUGUUAUUGCUAGUGCAGUUACAAUGGCAUUCAAUAAAUAAAUUUAAAAAAUCAUAUUAAUGAGAACUCUGAUGUAAAAGUAAUGGAGAUGUUGAUGCAGAAUUUGGUCUCUGUGUUCCAGAAUGCACUGCAGUUAUACAAAUGGCAUUGUGGGUAAAGUUGGAAAAUAUGCAAGUUGUUCAGGGUGGAUUUUUUUAUUUUUAAUUUUUUUUUUGCUGUUGUCAUUUUCUGUUUUGUCCUAAACUUUUAACCAUAAAGCUGUAACUCUGAUAUGUGUAUCCAGAUCUUUAUCCUGUAUUAAGGAAUCUGAAGAUCCUCUGCUAUGUUCUCAUCACCAUCAUUGACUAAUGAUUAGAAACGCUGUAGUGUUAUCAGUUCAUCAGCUCAUUCAGGUAACACGUGUAGAUAAAGUAACUGCUACUUUGUAAGGUUGUAGUUAGAGUCCGGACUCGAAGAUCAUUCAUAUCUGGACAAAUUCUUUCAAUUCAGUCAGUUUUAGCAUUAAUUCACUUUCCAAAACCCUGUCAUCUUCCUCCUGUGCUCCAGCAGCUGACGUGCUUUCAGAUUAUAGUUUACAUUCAUGGAUCAGAUGAUCAAGCGCAGAAUUUCUCCAUCACUCCGACACACGUUUGUCUCUCUCCUCUAGGUUGUGGUUUUUUCCCCUUUUAUUGAAAGUAUUUGCUGUAUUAAGUGCCUCUUUAAUAGCUUUGCACCUCCAGAUAUUAUCAUGAUGCGUGUUUAUAUUGAAAAUGGGAAACUGCUGUAUUCUUUUUCACAAUAGAUAUUUUUAUCCAAAAGUUCUGUUAUAGCUGUACGUUUGUUUGAAAGAAGAAAAACGCAAAAAAAAAAUGGUCAUGUUGUAUGUUAAUAAAGUCAUUUGAAA